CUCCCCAUCGCCUCCUGAGCUUCGGGUCGUAGCCACUUCUGACGUGGAGGCAGAGCAUCCGGGUUCAGAGGACACGACAGACUCUCUUUCCAAACUAGAGCGUCCCAUCUCUGCCCUGUCCGCCCUGGAGAGGGCAGAGGACAUGAGCACAGGGAAAAGAACCCCUCCCAGUGACCAGAGGAUCUUAAGCGCUCUUGAAAAGGCGCGAAAGAAGGCCACAAGCCCCCUGUCUAGUCCUAUUCCCCCACUUGAGGACUUUUCUUCUCAACUGAACCCCGCCUUAUCUGAUGGAGAGUUCCCACCCAUCGAUCACAAGGGAAAGAAACCCCCCCAACAUGAGCCACUAGUCAAUAGCACAGACCACAGGACGGCUUCUCCUGUGUUGCAUAACCUCACUGAGAUUGGAUCUAACACGCCCAUAGAGCUGCUCGUGGUUCCGCCUCCACCACCCAGACGGGUCCUACCAGACCCUGAGACUCUGGGUCCUGCUCCACAGAAACCUGACAGACCUCCUUCUGUCAACUUGAGUGAAUUCACUCCCCCUUCCCCACUUAUUGCUGAAGAGAUUCCUGUCCCGCCUGAGUUUUCAGAGCCUGACGCUACAGACGCCGUCGAGUACGAUGAUCUGGCGGAUGGUUUCUCACAGGAGCUGCCGGUUUCUGAGUCUGGGAACGAGGAGUUUACUGGCGCCGACGUUCCAGAUGAACCACGGCAGCCAGAGUUUUAUAGCAAUGGGAUCAGUGAGCCAGAAACUGAGGUCCGCACCGAGACGCCGCAUGAGGAUGACUACCGACGUAAUCCUCCGCAGGAUCAACCCCUGCAAGCUGCUCCAAAUCACUUGCCCCCACAAGACGACCCUCACACAAUAUACCGCAGCAGUUUGAACGAAAGCAACGAAAGCAAUGAGAACUUGUACGAGGCGGUGAGGGCGUCUCCUGGGAAAAAGAAGGGGAAGAACGGUGGCAAGAAACAAAAAGGGACCCUUAAAAACCCAUAUGUUGAGAGUACACAAGAAACGGUUCAGGAGAAACCGAAGAUUGGCAGGUUUGGCAGGAGCGAUAAGAAGCACAACUCCGAGAAGUCAGAAGAAAAGGAGUUGAAAAAGAAGGAGAAGCAGCGGCUGGAAAAGGAGAAGAAGGAGCUGAAGGAGAAACAGGGGAGGGAGAGGAAAGAGCAGAAGGAGAGGGAGAAGAGGGAGCAUGAGAUGAAGAAAAAAUUCAACAUCACAGGGCAGGAGGAAGCCAUGUAUCAGGCAAAAGUGAACGUAACCGCGAAGGGCCGCAGGAACGAUCUUCCAGUCAAGAGCGGAGACAUCAUCAGCAUCAUCCGAACGACCAAGUGCCCCAAAGGAAAGUGGCUGGCCAGGGACAGCAGCAACACCUAUGGAUACGUUUCCGUGGAACACUUGGAGCUGGACUUUAAGGAUAUGUUGGAGCUGGGGAAGAAGACUCCCCGCAACAGCACCGUCAUCGAGACGGAAACCACGGAUGGCAAGGCGCUGAAUAACUUCAGUCAUUCAGCAGAAAGCUUCUCAGAUGACAGUGAUGAGUGGACCUGUGAAGACGAACCGUUCUCGCCUGCUCCUCAAACCUCUGAGCAGUUACCAGGGGGCCACGCAAGGACUUUCUCCAUGCCAGAGACGGGAAACAGGGACGUCGCCACAAACCACCAGCACAGUCACAGUGACAUGUGUGACGACUCCCAGACCCAUGCAAGACAAGAAGCACUUCAAAAGUUGGCGACAUUCUUCAACUCAUCGAAAUCCGUGGAUCCAGCUCCAUUGGAACCCGAACCAGAAAGGAGCCCUACACCUGUGCCGGAAGAAGACGUUAGUGUGCAACAGGAAAGCUCCCCUCAGGAGACAGAGUUUGAUCCUUCAGUCGUCAUUUUACCUCCUCCUGACAUGUAUGCAGACUCUAUGGAUUCAUAACCCCACAGCGAGUCCAUUAUAAAUCUCCCACGCUAAGUGGGACCUCCCUAGUGUGACGAGUUGCUGCCAUUUGAUCCCUUCGCAAAACCAGCACCUUCUUGACUUCAGCCUGACUUAUUAAGAACCGCAUGAAAAGGGCAAUACCCUCGUGAGUGAAACCAGCGUCCAAGCAGAUGGAUAUGUUAGCUCUGCUCCUUCAAGGUCGGUGGAAAUAUUCUGAACUUUGGACCAAGAUGAUAUCUCCUUUUCUCUGGAGAGUAAAUAUGAAAAGAUUGCAGACCUACAUGGACGGGACAAUACCAAAAACAACCACUCAAGGGGGAUGCAAAGGAAGGAUUUAAUCUAAAGUGUGUUCAGGAUGAAAUAACCUUCCUCUUGAGAGAAAGAGACGUGCAAACUUGAAAAAGUCCUACAAUCAAGAAAUCAGCUUUUCCUCAGAUCAGCCGCUAUGUGAACACAGAAGAAAGAAUCCAACCAGAGCCUGAAUAUUGGUCCAAGUCUACAAGAAGCAUCAGAAAUCUUAAAGGGUUUGCUGCAAGGGACUGAAUAUUUAAAAUAAGCUUAGGGAUAAAUAUAAUAUUAUUUCCCCCCAGUUGUAUUAACACACUAUUUUAUUUUAUUUUUUAACAGAACUAUCAGGAGCUGGUCAGUUUUAUUUCCAUGUGUUUGCAUCACUA